AUGUUGUCGGAUAACAACGAGAGACGUCCUUCAGACGAUAUCAAUGUGACUUCUAAUCUGGGCGUUAGCAUACCUUCGGACGGAAACGUUCAAUCUAUAGUUAACGAUUCCCUGUCUGAUAAUGGCCAAACAAAUUCUUCAACAACGCCAACAAUAACUGGAACUGCGUCUACAAAUGGCCAUUUCACUAUCAUUGAAUCACGUUCACGUUCAUCUUCAGCGUCUAGCAUUCAAUCUUCGGGUAGUUACUUAGCACAAACAGUACCUGGAGUAUAUAAUCAGUCAGAACAAAAAUCUUUAGGGUCAAGUUACUCCUUACAACAAAACGCUACUCCGACCGAAAUUGAUAUUGCUUCGGCAACAAUUGAAACUACAUCUAAACGACGUCAGUCACCACCUUCUCCUAUAAGUACAAAUAUUGACGGGUUUAGUCCAACUAGUUCAACUGCGGCUUCUUUAACUCGUAGGGACCAUAUAACUAGUCACACUCACGAUCGAAGUAGAUCCGCCUCCUUUGAUGGAGAAAUUGAACCUGCUUCAUGGACGCUGGAUAGAGUAUUAGAUUGGCUUGAGGAUAAUGCUUUUAGUGAAUAUAAAACGAUGUUUAUUGAGAAUAAUUUAUGUGGGGAAAAAUUUUUUGCUCUUGGAGAUGUUAGAAAAAUUAAAAGUUUAUUGAAAAAUGCUAGUCGUUAUAAAUUAAUAACAGCAAUUAGAAAGAUCCCCAAACGAGAAUCACUAUCUAAUAAGGGUAAUCAACCGGAUAUUCAAAGUCCAUCAGGAAACAAAUUAUCAUCAUCCAAUUCUAUAAAUGAACAAAAUUAUCCAACAACUCCGAUUAUACAAUCAGUACCUUCGCCAACAGAACAAAAUUCAAAGCAAAAACCUUUAAAAUUAUCGACAAGUUUUUCUGAAUUAAAUCCAAAAGGACCUAUAACAAGUCCAAAGAUAGGUCCAAGAACAUCUUCGAUUGGUUGGAGUAACAAUUCACCAAAUUCGACCACAAUAAUAAAGGAAGUAGAUUUACCUAAUGAAAAUAAUGCUACUACGAUGAAUAAUGAUGAUAAGUGUUCAACAUCAUUACUUAGAAUGAUAUCAGAAUCUCAUUUACCUGGAUCAUCUGAGCAACAUAAUUUUAAUAAUAAUCCUUCUGUUAUACAACAACAACAAUCUAGUGUAUUAUCAUCAGAAGAUACUAAUAUAAGUCCUCUUUCUAGUUCAAGAAUUAAUAAAAGAAGCUAUCAUGUUAGAACAAAUGUAUUAAACAUUGAAACUGGUGAAGAAUCUAAUCCUAUUGUCGCUCAGCGAAAAAGACUUAUAGUAACUAGAGAUAAUAUAAAUUUACGCGUGGUUUAUUUGAAUGAUUGGAUGGACCCUUCCACAAUUAAAAAUGAAAUUAUUUCUCAAUUGAGGAUUAAUGAAUGGGAACAUUUUACAUUACAUUUGAAUGAAAUUGAACAAAGUCCUAUUAUAGACGAUGAAAUAUUGAUUCAGAAAUGUAUGAAUGCUGAUACAUUAAAUUUAUUUGUUAAAUUAUCAGAUACAUGUGAUGCGCAAAGUCAAAAUCAAGGUAAAAUGGUUAUGCAAGGAGGACAAAAUCCAGAAUUUAAUAGAACAUACGUUGAUUCGGGGAAAAGUACUUCUCCUUCAAAUUUAAUUCCAGAACGUUGGAAGGUAUCACAACCCGAAGAGUUCAGUUCUUUAUCAGAAGAGUCGCCAGACAUAAAUAAAAUUGGAGGACCUAUGACUUUUCCGAGACCACAUGAUUUUUUACAAAAACAAGGAAGUAAUCAUAUGUACCCGGAUCACAAAAUACUAUCUUUUGGAGCACCUUCAAAUUAUCCUUAUAGCAAAAAAUCCCAUCGGCGGGCGGUAUCUAAUGAUAGGGAGAACCUUGAUUUUCCAAUUUCAUCAUUAUCGCAACAUCGUAUAGGUAUUGAUUAUUCCCGUAGUAACACUUCUUUAAAACCUAGGUCACAACCAUUAAAACAAAUAGAACAUCCAUCUGUUUUGCAGCCAGCGAAUGGAAAAAAUAUGAGAAGUUCUUCUAGUCGAGAAAAUAUUAUAGAAAGUGUUAGAAGUUCAGAUAAUGAUGUACGAAAUAAUCCACCACCGCCAGUACCACCAAAGCCUAAUAGCGUAGCACAGAAUUCUCAACAACAAUCUUUAAUACCAGCUGCUUCCGGAGGAGUAUAUAUGCGUAGUAGUAGAUCUCAACCUCAUUUACCCCUAUCUAAACCACCGUCUUCUUUAAAUGAUAUUAGUUCACGAGAUCCACCAGAGUCAGAUCGUUAUAAACGUACCAUGCAUGUGGUAACAUCUGAGCCUGAUCUUACUCUUAAGAAACCUGAUAUGCGGCAAUCGGCAGGAAAAGAAUAUAAUCGCCAUUCUAUAGUUCGAACCCAUUCCAUUAAAGCUCUGUUUCCAGAAGAAGGAGACGAGCCUCAAUUAUGGCCAAAAAUCACGUCCUCAACUCAUCCAAAGAAAGCAGAAGAAUCAUUUUGGGCAAAACCUGCAACAAAACUUUUGCAAAAUGAUAGUAAUUUACCAUUUAUUAAUGAUGAUGAACUUCCUACCAGAACUUCUAGUCUAACAAGUUCUUUGGAUAAUUCUAGUAUUGAAGAUGAUGAUAGUGGAUUUUGGGCGCAAAAGCCUAAAAUAUCAUCUAUACCUAAGUCUUUAAAUUAUACAUCAAAUGAUAGUGGGGGUGAUGAAAGUUUUUGGGCUCAAAAACCAAUUUCAAGUAAAUCGAUUGAAGUAAAGAAUAAAGCUGUUAUAGCUGAUGCAACCUCCGAGGAGAUCUAUGCUCAAAAUUCAAAACCAUCUUCAAAUAAUGGACAAUCAAUAAAUUCCCUUGUUAUGCAUAAAGAUGAAACAAUAGAUUCAGCUGUAAGCUUAACUUCAGUUCACAAAACUUAUGAUGAUAAUAAUAAUGGUGAACAAGAACAAAAUAUAAGAAAUGCAAAAUCUAAUAAUGACAUAAACGAACUAGGAAUUAAUAAUUAUGAAUGUUCAAAAGAAAAUUCCACACCUAAACCUCCGAAACAGGAAAAAAAUAGAUCUUCGGGUUUAGCACGUACAGUGUCGAUGCGUAGAGGCGUAGAUGAAUCAUGGGUGGUUCGUCCUACAGCUGAAGAUCUUUUUGAGCAUUUAGAACAAUACUUUCCUGGUCAUGAUCUUGACAAACCUAUUAUAGAUGCAAAUGGUCCUUCUGUUCAACAACCAAGUAAUAAUGAAGAAUCAAAAAGUGUACCUAUUGUACCGGGAAAAACUGGAGGAAUACAAAGAGGAAAAUCCAUUCGUGCUGCGGCUCGUGAAGCACAUGAACGUGAACAACGUGAAAAGAGAGAAAGGAGUAAAAGUAAAUUAAUUGGUGUGGUCAAUACUAUUAAAGCAGGUCAAAGAUUAAGUAGAAAGCCCACUACUAAAUUAUGGGAUAAGAAAGUUGUUGAAGAAGUUCCUUCACAUAAAAAACCUUGUCCCCCAGAUGCCCCUCCUUGUGAAUCUGUUCCUGCUGAAAGAAAACCUUGUCCCCCAGAUGCUCCUCCUUGUGAAUCUGUUCCUGCUGAAAGAAAACCUGUAAAAUGGGUGAAAGGUGAACUUAUUGGUAAAGGAACAUUUGGAAAGGUAUUUCUUGCUAUGAAUAUGAACUCUUCUGAAAUAAUGGCAGUCAAACAAAUCGAGUUACCAACAACGAAGUCGGAUAAAUUGAAUGAGAGGCAACAAAACUUGGUCAAAUCGUUCACUGACGAAAUGGAAAUUCUUAAAGAUUUAGAUCAUGAUCAUAUUGUCCAAUAUAUAGGGUUUGAAAGAAAUAAGGAAACCAUUAAUAUUUUUCUUGAAUAUGUUAAUGGUGGAUCCAUUGGUACCUGUUUAAGAAUUUAUGGAGCGUUCGAAGAACCUGUCGACAUUAAAGCAGAUAAUAUUCUUGUCGACGAAGAAGGGUGUUGUAAGAUUUCUGAUUUUGGAAUCUCGAAGAAAAGUGAUCAUGCCCUAGCUGCCUAUGAUUACAAUUCAAAUAUGUCAUUGCAAGGCACUAUCUUCUGGAUGGCACCAGAGGUGUUUACUAGAGGUUAUAGUGCUAAGGUUGACAUAUGGAGUCUGGGUUGUGUUGUACUUGAAAUGUUUGCCGGGGAAAGACCUUGGUCUGAAUUAACGGACCUUGCUGCAAUGUUUAAGCUUGGAAGCGAGAAAAAAGCACCUCCAAUAAAAAAAGACAUCAUAAUGUCAUAUGAAGCAAGAAAGUUUAUAGAUCGAUGCUUUAUAAUAGAGCCAGAUGAACGGCCAACCGCCGAAAAACUUUUAGAUGAUGCCUUUGUACAAGAAGAUCCUGACUUUCAUUUUAAGGAGUAUAUAUCAAUACCUGGACGCGCUUAA